UGGCAGUGGCGGCGGCGGCGUCGGUGGCGGCGGCGGCGGCGGCGGCAGCAGCUGUGAGGGGGGGUUCCGGGAAGAUGGUGCUGAUUAAAGAAUUCCGGGUGGUUUUGCCAUGUUCUGUUCAGGAGUAUCAGGUUGGACAACUCUAUUCUGUUGCCGAAGCCAGUAAGAAUGAGACUGGUGGUGGAGAAGGAAUAGAGGUCUUAAAGAAUGAACCUUAUGAGAAGGAUGGAGAAAAGGGACAGUACACACACAAAAUCUAUCACCUAAAGAGCAAAGUUCCUGCAUUCGUAAGGAUGAUUGCUCCUGAGGGCUCCUUGGUGUUCCAUGAGAAAGCCUGGAAUGCAUAUCCCUACUGUAGAACAAUUGUAACGAAUGAAUAUAUGAAAGAUGAUUUCUUCAUUAAAAUUGAAACAUGGCACAAACCAGACUUGGGAACAUUAGAAAAUGUUCAUGGUCUAGAUCCAAACACGUGGAAAACAGUUGAAAUUGUCCACAUAGACAUUGCAGAUCGAAGUCAAGUUGAAGCAGCAGACUACAAAGCUGAUGAAGACCCUGCAUUAUUCCAGUCAGCCAAGACCAAGAGAGGCCCUCUGGGACCCAACUGGAAGAAGGAGCUGGCCAAUGACCCGGACUGUCCUCAGAUGUGCGCCUAUAAGCUGGUGACCAUCAAGUUCAAGUGGUGGGGCCUGCAGAGCAAAGUAGAAAACUUCAUUCAGAAGCAAGAGAAAAGGAUAUUUACAAAUUUCCAUCGCCAGCUUUUCUGUUGGAUUGACAAGUGGAUCGAUCUGACAAUGGAAGACAUUAGGAGAAUGGAAGAUGAGACCCAGAAAGAACUAGAAACAAUGCGUAAGAAGGGUUCCGUCCGAGGCACGUCGGCUGCUGAUGUCUAGAUGAGCCCCUGUAGGGUCAGAGACAAUAUCACACUGUUUACGUAAUCAAGGUCAAGUGAGAGGAACCAGUGCAGCCAGCGACGAGUGACGGAGGACUGACGGCAUCACACAGGCGCAGGUCCCGGCGUGUGUAUGUGUGUGUGUGCGCACGUGCAUGCGUGCGCGUCUCUGUAGCUGUAUAUAGAACGCAUGUAGAGCUACAGAAACCAGGAACACACUCGUGUGUAUAUAUGUACAUACAAACACACCGAAGGGAUCUGCACAGCUCCCCAGCUCUGUACCUGUCUUCAGCAAGAAUGCGGAAGAAAAUAUUUUCAAUAUAUAUACAUAUAUAUAUAUAUAUGUACCUGGGACAGAUUUGAAUAAUUAUCAGAGUAAUACCAUUAAUGGACAAAUUGACUGCGAUGUGAUCCUAGCUGGUAUGCUUCAUAAAUGUCAAAUUGUGGACCAAUAUAUAUAGCCUUUUGUUAUUUUUCUGUUCUUUUCAAGUCAGUCUCCUGUACAUUUUUGUUAUAAUCCUAUAAGCAACUAGACUCCCCCCAGAAAGAUUGCUUCACCAUUUUUAUUUAGUAUUCCAACGAAUUUGAAAUGUAAACUCUGAAUGUAUUUAUAACUAUUUAUUUCUGGAUGGUCAUUAUCAUCCAGCCAAAUUUGUUAAUUAUCUAUGAAGUACAGACUCAUUUUUACUCCUUCACCCCAAGGGAAGAGUCCUUUUAAAAAGAAAUUUUCCAGUUUUUAUUGGAUUUUUGUAUUUUAAAUUUCAAGUAUUUUUCUACAUCAAACGUAGUUUUAAAAAAAAAUGGAGAUGACGGUUUGUGAUUUCUAAUGAACACUAGGUGGUUUUGAGGCUCUUGUUUGGCGCACACAGGGGUCCGCCCCUACAUUAACCUGAGCGGCAGCGGAAGGACAGAACUGUGGAUUCUUGCUUGUGAAAAGAGUGGUUUCUGCUCCUUAGGCAUGGCCAGGGUGGGUUGAGCCAGGGAGUCCCUGCUCUUCCUGCCCCCCUGCCGGCUGGGGGCCCCCGGUCCUGGGUUAGAGGCAGUGAGGGGCAGCGGGGGCUGGCCUGUAAGCCUGAGUGCUCCUGGCUGCUCAGAAGUCACUGUGCCCUUUUUUUUAAAUUUUUUUUAACUUUUCUGCUUUUUUUUUUUUUUUUAAAGAAGGAACAAUAGCUAGGAAAGAUUUUUUUUUUUUUUAAAUCAACUUUCUCUGUCUGAAUGUCUGUUCUCCGUGUCAGUCCCGGAGGCCUCUGGUCACAAGCUUUCUUUAACCUGCAGCCCCAUCCGUCACAUUAACUGUCAGUCCUGCCUGCCCUGCCCACUUGGCAGUGUGGCCAGCCGGGCCCCUGUGCCUGCCCCAGGCCGGCCUCCUGCUUCUCCGUCCUCCUGUGCCCAGGACAAAGGCUUGUGUUUACUGCCCACGUGCAGGUGGGCAUAAGCGUGGUCAGAGUGGAAUCAUGGUCCUGCCGGGUGCUGCUUAUUUUGGGUAUUUGGUGCCAUGCAGAGCCUGGCUCUGGCCUCUUCACAAACCCUGUGCACUGGCCCCUGAAGUCUGGCCGGCACAUGGGUUUCAAACGCUUUUCUAACAACUGGAGGUGGGAGGGAAUGCGUGGCGAAUGUAAAACACCCCAUUUACCUGGCAGUCUCUUGUAAAUUACAGUAAAGCAAAGUAAAUGAAAUUUAAACAAAAAUAAUAAAUUUGAUCACUAAAGCCCCUGGUAUGCUCGA